UCGCGAAUCCGCAGCCGUACCUCGUCAACACCAUGCCUAUAUCCUCCGAGCUCGCUAUCCUCCUCUCUGAGGCACUGGCCGUCGAUGACUCGAAGCGCAUCACAGCACGCGUCUUCGGGCACAAGCUCGUGCAGGUCGAACGCCUCUACAACUCGACCGUGAAAGAGACGGGCACACCAAGCUGGCUCGCCGAAGAGGACACCACCGCGGUCUGGGCGAAGCAGGCUCCUCAACCCAAGCGCCCCUCCCAGCAGCGCCCAGCUCCGCCCCAGAAGAUGGUCGCCCCCCAGCCCCGCCGCAACGGCUUCCUUGCCGUACCCAAGCCUCAAGCAGCGCCCCAGGCCCGCCGUAGGUCGCCAUCCCCCGUCGGUGCGAGAUCUUCAUCUCCCGCGGGGCCGAGAUCAAUAUCACCAGCUGGAUUGAGAUCGACCUCUCCAGCUGGACCGAGGAGAGCGCCGUUGCCGGCUGCCCCGAAGAAGGCCACCACCACGAGCAAGAAGGCGCAUCUGCCAGUCACCCCGAGGAAGGCACCCGCAACACGCAAGGUCGUACCCGCACAAUCCCCCGCCGGUCCGCGGAAGGCGCGCCCGGCUCCGACACCUAUACAAGCACCCAUCAUGCCAGCCCCGCCAGCCCCUCUUCCCUUCUUUGCCGACUAUCGGCGCGCCCCUACCAUCAAAUAUCACGACAUCCCUGCAGCCUACCUCGACAUCUCAGCCUACAUUCGCGCAUCAACUACCGACGACAUGUACAUCCCUACUGCCGUCGACGCGGCUCCUACCCAUGCGCCUAUCAACGUGCGGCCAAGUCUGGCUCCUAUUGUGACUCGCCCCAUGCCCUUGCCACCCAUGGCCGCCUUCGCAGCUCCUUCGCCAAUCGACGCCUAUCACCCCAUCCUCGAUAUCGCAGAUUACCUCUACGCACCUUCACCCGUCGACCUCGCGCCCUCGCCUACGGAAUACGGACCCUCACCCAUCUCGGCGACACCUUCUCCCACCCGGAAACGAUUCUUGCCCAUCCCUCCCCUUCCCACUCCCCCUGCCCUACCCGACCUCGCUUACAAUAUCUCGACCCACGAAAGCGCGAUGCCCGUGACGCCCGGCGCGGAGCGUGAUACGAUGGACAUACCGACGCUGGCGCCGGACCUCAAGAAGCAGCAAGUCAUCGCGGAAGCGAAGCGGGCGCUGGCCGUGCCGCCGGAGAGGAUUCUGGUCAUCCCGGAUGGGGCGAAGCAGACGUUGAAGAUGCUGGGCGCGCAGCAGGCGACGGUUGUACCACCGCGGGCGGUGAAGCUGGUGCGGAGGGAGGUGGCGCGGGCUGUGCCCUUGAAGGUGGAGGUUUCCGUUUGCUGAGUGACUGUAGCUGGGCUACAGGCGAUGGAGGCGCUGGCGCUGGCAGGCGGCUGGUCCGUAUCUCGUUUGACUUUUUCAUCUCCUCGUUCGCCUCCGCACUCUCUCCCUCUCGCUU